AUGGACCGCUUCAUAUUACUUUCGCUUUUACUGUUCAUUGCUGAACUGAUCUCUGGAAAUGGCAUUGAUGACCUGGAAAAGUGUUUCGAAGAUCCUGAAUACAAAAAAUGGCUGGAUAUUGCUAAACACGGACUAGGAAAGACCCUAAAGAUGAAGACAGUCGUGAUUGUUGGGGCAGGAAUAAGUGGACUCACUGCUGCCAGAUUGCUAAAAGAUGCUGGAUAUCAGGUUGUGAUUCUGGAAGCCAGUCACCGUGUGGGAGGGAGAAUAAAGACACACCGAGAAGAAGAUUGGUAUAUGGAUAUGGGGCCUAUGCGUUUACCCAAAGCCCACAGAAUUGUCCGUGAAUACAUAAGCAAAUUCAAUCUCAGUCUAAAUCGCUUCAGUCAAAUUGAUGAGAACGCCUGGUAUUUAAUUAGAAAUGCCAGGAAAAGAGUGGCAGAUGUCCAUGAAAACCCUGGAAUCUUUGGGUACCAAGUUAAUUCCAAUGAACAAAGGAAAUCUGCUGACCAACUUUUUCAGGAGACACUAGACAAGGUAUGUGUGGGUGUUACAAAAAACUGUACACUUCUGAAAGAGAAAUAUGAUUCAUUUUCUACUAAGGAAUACUUAAUUAAGGAAGGAAAUUUGAGCAAAGAAGCAGUUGACAUGAUUGGUGACCUCCUGAAUGAAGACUCUGGGUUUCACCUGUCAUUUCUUAACACCAUCAUGGAUUAUCUUGCCUACUCUAAAGACAGUUUUGAAGAAAUUUCAGGUGGAUUUGAUCAGCUUCCUCAACGAUUCUUUGACGAAAUGCCUGGGAUUGUCCAUUUUAAUUCUACAGUGGAGAAGAUACAUCGCCUAGGCGAGAAACUGAGAGUGUUUUACAGCUGGCCACCCAAAUCUGUACCUUCAUCCAUAAUUGCUGACUACGUUCUCAUCACAGCUACCGCCAAAGCCACACAGCGCAUCAAAUUUGUGCCACCUCUUUCAGUUUCCAAGGCUCGAGCUCUUCGGUCCUUGAAUUAUGCAAGUGCUACAAAAAUUGCCCUGGUUUGCAGGGAGAAAUUUUGGGAGGAAGAUGGGAUUCGAGGUGGUAAAUCAAUCACAGAUCGUCCAACUCGAACAAUUUACUACCCAAACCAUGACUUUCCCAGUGGGAUAGGGAUACUUCUGGCUUCCUACACUUGGAAUGGUGAUGCUGAUUUGUAUAUUCCACUCAGUGAGCAAAAAUGUAUUGAGAUAGUGAUGGAUGACCUAGCAGAAAUCCACCAGGUAUCCAAACAAUACCUCCAGUCUGUCUGUGACAAACACAUAAUACAGAGGUGGGCCCUGGACCAAUAUUCGGGGGGAGCAUUCACUGCCCUCACACCAUACCAGUUUGCCCACUAUGCUAAUGCAUUGUCCCAGAAUGAAGGGAGGAUCUACUUUGCAGGAGAACACACAGCUCAUCCUCAUGCUUGGAUAGAUGGUGCAAUGAAAUCAGCUAUAAAGGCCGCCAGUGAUAUCCACCACAGGUGA